GAAGCCCGGCACGGCCCCGGCCUGAGGAGGCGUCGCGCCGCCGGGGCCCUCCUCCGGGUCGUCGACCAGAGCAGCGGCGCUUCGGCGUGAGGCAUGAGCCGGCCCCAGCCGCAGUCGUUCCCCUCCGGACUGCGCGGAAGGGCGCCCAGGGGCCACCAGGGCGGCGCCUCGCGCCUCCACCGGGCCGCCUCCUUCGCGCCCUGCGGGGAAGCUGAAGCGGCGGCCGCCCGGCGAGGCGCGCAGGGAAUUCCCUUUCUCUCGCCGCCGCCGCCGCGCGUUCACGAAGAGAGAAGCAGGGUAGGGAAGGGCGAGUGCGCGGGCGGGCGCGCCCUCGCGUCACGCGCGUUCCGCAUAACAAGGCUGCGCGCUUCGGCGCAUGCGUGCAGAGCUUGGGCGAAGACGAGCGUCGUUGUGCCGAAAUUUCUGACUCUGAACCUGGUCAUGGAUGCCCUGCCUCCUGCGGGGGGAACCCCCCCACUCUCUGCCGCGAUGAGGGCGAAGAUUGAACGGAGUCGUCAGCGGGCCCUGAUGCUGAGGCAGGCCAGGCUGGCUACUCGGCCUUAUCCUGCCAUUGGUGAAGGCAGUUCUAAAGUUAAAGUGCCUCCUAAAGUAACAGAUACUGGGGGAGGAUUCUUUCUGGAGGAAGAAGAAGAGGAGCAACACCUGGCAGAGAAAAUUGUUCACCCCCCAGCGCCCGUGCUGGAAUGUGACUAUCUUAUAUGUGAAGAGUGUGGCAAAGAAUUCAUGGACUCGUAUCUCAUGAACCACUUUGAUCUAGCAACAUGUGAUAAUUGCAGAGAUGUGGAAGAUAAACACAAGCUCAUAACAAGAACAGAAGUGAAGCAAGAGUACCUUCUAAAAGACUGCGAUUUAGACAAGCGAGAACCAGUGCUGAAGUUUAUUUUGAAGAAAAACCCUCAUAACCCACGGUGGGGUGACAUGAAACUAUACUUAAAACUGCAGGUGAUAAAGCGCUCUCUUGAAGUCUGGGGUACUGAAGAAGCAUUAGAAGAAGCCAAGGAAUGUCGCCAAGACAACAGAGAGAAAAUGAAGCAGAAAAAGUUUGAUAAAAAAGUUAAAGAGCUACGUCGAGCUGUAAGGAGCAGCGUUUGGAAAAAAGACACCAGUAUCCACCAACAUGAAUAUGGAGCAGAAGAGGUAGUAGAAGAUGACUUAUACAAGAAGACCUGUGCAACCUGUGGCUAUGAAUUAACGUAUGAAAAAAUGUAAUGGACUUGAUUUGAUAGAAAAUGCACUUUUCUAAUGUUAAAAUUUUUAUCCAAUAAAAUAGGCAUCACUUGUAAAUCCUUUUGUUAAAAAACUGGGAUCCAGCGUCACAAUUUAAAUGGCUUGUUGAAUGGGAGGUUUGUUUCCUAGCAUCUAUUCAGCAGUGCACAUUUUAAAGCAAGUAGUGUGAUCUGCUUAAAAGGCAUUAGAAGUUAUCAAAUACUGGGAAAUGGGAGGAGGAGUAGUGUUCUCAGUGCAAAGCUUCUGUUUACAUCAGGGGAUAGGUGUAUGCAGAGUAUUUUGCUAAAUAGUAGCCACUGUCUAUGUGGAGCAGGGAGAGAGGCAAUCCUGUAGAGCUACACUGCCAAACAGAAUGAAAGGGCUCCAGGAAUAAUUGUCACCCAGUUCGCUACCAGUUUUCUUCAAUUAUUAGUUGAGCUAGUUUAGGGGCCAUCUUCUGGAACAGUCCUAAUUGAGGCAUGGCUAUCGACAGUUUAGGUGGAAAAGAUUCUAGGCUGCAGCAAUCCAGAUUGUGCACCGAGAGAGAGCCAGUUUGGUGUAGUGGUUAAGAGCAGCAAGACUCUAAUCUGGAGAGCCGGGUUUGAUUCCCCACUCCUCCACUUGAAGCCAGCUGGGUGACCUUGGGCGAGUCACAGCUCUCUGGAGCUUCUCAGCCCCACCCACCUCACAGGGUGUUUUUUUGUGGGGAUAAUGACAUACUUUGUCCAUAAAAUUAGUGCUAAACUGCUCUAUGGCAUUCCAAUAUGAAUCACAGCCUUUAAUAAAGAAGCCGAACGAAUACAAUCUGUUUUUCUAAGGAAAAUUUUAGGGCUGCCAUCAUGUGUGCCCUAUGCAGCUAUUUGUUUGGAGACCAACCAAAGACGCCUAGAGACAAAAGCCUGGAUUCUAACAAUUAAAUUCUGGCUGUGUUUGCACUUCAGGAGCAGCCCCAAUAGUCUUAUUGCAUACAUGCUAACUGAAUCCCAGUCUUCUGCAUGGUUAGCUGAUAUAGAAAAACAUCUCCGUAAUCGGGCUUUGCCUUGAUGAAUUAGUUUUUCUUUCCGAGUGGUCUGCAUUUGCUUUGAUUAAACAAAGACUUGUAGAUAUUGAGAUGCAAGAACUUAGGAGCCGCGCCUCUGGUAGAUGUUCCCCUAUGAGAUGGGGGAUUUUCUCUAAUGGUUCUUUGGCAGAGUAUUUUUCUGGUUUGACUUCCCCUCACCUUCGGAGAGCGUUUAUGUUAGUGCGCUUUAAUGUUCUUCCUUCUGCGGUACUGUAUAGGAGAGGUUUAAGAAAAUUCCUUACUCCCCAAGGUAUUGUGCCUGUGGCUCGAGGGAUGUAGAAAGUACUGAACGUGUUCUCCUGUACUGCUUAUUGUAUUGUGAUAUCCGCGCCAUUUAUCUAGAACCGUUGCUUCAAACUCAUGAAGGUCAAUCGGACGACAGCAAGACACGCCUUUUACUAUCCCGCACAUAACCCUGGGAUCAUGGAGUCUGUGGCUAAAUUUCUUCGUUGUGCAUCGAAGAGCAGCAGAAUGGUUUAAGUGAUGGGGCAAGGGUUUUUUUUUGUCUCUGUGCUGACUGUGCAUAUGUAUGUCCUAUUAUGCCAAUAAAGGUAUUCGAUUCGAUUCGACAUACUUUGUAAACCGCUCUGAGUGGGCAUUAAGUUGUCCUGAAGGGCGGUAUAUAAAUCAAAUGUAACUAGAAUUAUAUUAUUAUAAUUCAGAUCUACUACCUCCAAUA